GUCGGCUAAGGUGUCCAAAAUCGUAACUAAAUUGGCAAUUUAUGAAGUUUACACCCGUGGUUUUGCGGCGUUUGUGCAUUUCAAUCACAUUUCUACCGUGUUAAUAAUUAAAUUUAACCGAAAAUACUUCCUUAGCUCGCUUCGCCGACUAUCUAGAGUUUUGCCGUUUUCAGGCUUCUUUGCUGGUGCACGUUUUCUCAAGUUGUAAAUAACUCUUCAGGAAUGGUAAUGGAGGCUCCCCCAUCUCCCCAAAGUGUAGGAAGGGAAUUCGUUCGACAAUACUACACUUUGCUGAACAAGGCCCCUGCCCAUCUACACCGAUUUUACAACCAAAACUCCUCUUUCAUCCAUGGCGGUUUGGACCCUCCAAACCGGGAGACCAGCCCUGUCAUCGGCCAGAAACAAAUCCACCAAAAAAUCCAGCAGCUGAAUUUCCACGACUGUCACGCUAAGAUCACCCAAGUCGACUCCCAAGCCACUCUCGGCAGCGGUGUCGUCGUCCAGGUGACCGGCGAGUUAUCCAACGCCGGUCAGCCGAUGCGCCGUUUCACUCAAACCUUCGUAUUGGCCGCCCAAAGUCCCAAAAAGUACUACGUUCAUAAUGACAUCUUCAGAUACCAGGACGAGAUCAUCUCCGACGAGGAAUGCGAACCGGAAAACCGCUCCGAACCGGAAGACGAGACUUCGCAAGAGUGCCCGGUUUUGAACGACGUCCAGCAGAUGAACCAAGCCCCCAUGAAUUACUACAACCCGACUAACAUUGCGCCGGUGCCCCACCACCAGCCCCCGCAUGUUCUAGCCCCUCCGGCGGUGCCCCAGGUCAACGGAGCCGUGCAUCCUGACGAUAUCAACGUGAUGCCCGGACCGGUGCCCCAUGUCAACGCCGCGGGCCAAGGACAGGUCCUUCCGACACCCAUCACCACCAUCCAACCUUCGACGAUUGUACCACCGUUGAAUGCCGCGGCACCGGUUGAGGAAGCCCAGAACGAAGUCCAAAACGAGGAGCCGCAGGAAAUUAAUUACAAUGAAGGGAACGAACAGGACAAUGAACAGGAUUUGAACCAAGAGCCGGUUGCGUCUAAUGAACCCAAAACUUAUGCCAACUUGUUGAAAUCGGGCAAUAGCGUACCGUUUAAUAACCCACCUUUGGGUACUUCCCCGGCCCAACAACCACGAUCUGUAUCACCGCCGAAUAUGGGGCCUAGAGGAGAACAAGGAGGCCUCGGAAACCGCAACAGCAUGAACCGGGGACCUAGAGUUAACCAACAACGAGUCCAGAAGCAAGAUUCGGGUCGCGGAGCCCCAGGCCGGCCCUCUUUUAACGAAGAAGAUGAUAGGAAACGACCUCAAGGAAACAGUUUCGGCGAUCAAAACCAGCUGUUCUUGGGCAAUUUGCCCCACAAUGCGACCGAGGACGAGCUGCGCGAGAUUUUCUCCGAGUUUGGUUCAAUUCUCGACUUGAGGAUUCACACGAAGCCGGCCAACAAAGUAACACUUCCCAACGGUCGCGCUCCACCAAACUACGGUUUCAUAACUUAUGAGACGCAAAGUGGUGUCCAGAAUUGCUUAGCCGCGAAGCCGAUUUAUUACCCGAAGGAUGACAAGAACGGCACUCAGUUGAACGUGGAGGAGAAGAAGACGAAGGAUCGUCAGUCGUACGGGAGCGGUCGUCCGAGCAGCAACGAUAACCGCUCGCGCGACUCCGGGCCUCGUCGGAGCGGCCCGGGCCUGGGGGGAGCCAAUAGGAACAACGCAACGGGAGGGAGUCAGUCGGGUAUAAUCCCGAAUCGGACCAAUAACUACAACAGAGGCGGGGGACCCCCGAACCGAGGGCCGAACACUUACAAUCGUCGCUAAUAAGUGAACUUCGCGCGAACGAAUUGUGAAUGGGACGUGUACAGUGUUCAAGAACGGAUCAUGACGUUAGUGCCAAUAGUGGUUCAUUAGCUGCAUAUUUACAUCAAACCAUUUCUUUUUUUCUCUUGUUUAGGAUUGUUGCGCAAUGUCCGAAGCGAUAUCCGCCAAUCAAUACUAAUAGUUCUCUUUUUCAAGUACUUAUUGGCUGUGUUGUAUAAUGCGAUUGGUUGAUGAAAAAAUCGGUAACGUUCGGAGGUUGAGUAACGAUAAAAACAAUGUUUCGAGCAUAGUUUUAUGGUUUGAACUUAAAUAUAAGCAGGUCACCACGGGUCGUACGUUACAAUUAUUUUACAUAACCUAACAGCUGUAUGCAUGUUGAUGUUAGUAGCUGCUAACUCGUAACUAAAUUUUCUACUAGAUACUUAUUUUUUAUUUUUUAAUGCCAAAUGUACAUUAUAUAGGGAGUGUACAUAAAUAAAAAUUUAAAUUGAAAAAAAUAGUCUUUUUAUGUGAGCUGAUAUUAACGGAAUCAGUAGAAAAUUUAGUGUAUUUAGCUUCUAAGGUCACCUAUUCAUAUGGUUCUAAACAUAAUUUAGGAUUUUGCGCUCGUAUUUUCAGUUACUCUAAGUAUUUAUGUUUUUAAGGCUCAUUCGGUUCUUUCUCCCGAAAAUUAUUUUAUUCAGUUGUCAACACCAAGCGCAACGUAAUUACUAUGCACAUUAGAAAAAUUUUACUUUUUGCAGCUAACCAGUUUUGGUUUGAUCAAAAUUUUAAAUCACUCAGCCGUCAUUUUUUGUUGCGUACUCUUAAAGUGUUUGUGUCCACAUUAAGUUAAAGUUACAUGUGAAUAAGUGGAGGGUGUAAUCCCCAUUUUAUUUAAGGUAGCAUGUGAAAGUGUUUUGUUAAUUUUUAUAAAUUUGUCUGGUGAAAAAGUGGAAUGUUAUUUACAGGCUUAGUUUCACUUUUUUUUAUUCCCUAAAGUUUUGUUACAGUAUUUGUUCCUUUUCUCCUGUGAUAAUCACAUUUCCUCUCAAAAGUAUACUCGACACAGUUUUAACCAAAGUUCUUCCUUCGCUAAACUAAGACUUGUGCAGGUUCCACUAGUCACAAAUCUACUUUCAGGAUCUUUUCAGUUUGUCGUUCCUGUAAUAUUGUCAACUUGUUAUUAGUAACAUUAAAGGAAAUUGUUACAGCGA